GAGAGGACAGCAUGAAAACAGUCUGAAAACUCAUUUCAGGGUUAAAUAUCAACCAAGUUGAGAAAGAGGCCAUGAUGCUGUCCAAACGUAACAGCUUGUUUGAGUCAUUAAACGUCACACUGCCUUCGGCUAUUUGCAUAUUUAAAGGGGUCGUCGCAUAUCUCUCUCUGCCUAAUCCAGUUUCCAUCUGUUCCUGAACCCUGCUCUCGCAGGGGCUUCAUGUCAUGCCUGAAAAAACCCAAUUCACAAUGAGGAUGAUGCGUCUACGCUAAGGAUGGGAACAGACAGUGAGCAAGUGUUGCUAGGCAACAGAGUGGAACAGAGCGUACGUUCUGCUUUCUCUUGUCGCUCACGCGCACUUAGUGUCUCUUUCUUUCUAUCCUCUCCUCUGUCCUCUCCCUCGGUCCCAGUGUUAAACCAGAGAAUGGCUCUCGACAGAAUACACUGAGGGCCUGCUGCUGAUGUGGCCUCAUUAAAAAAAAGAAAGAAAAAAAAAACCCACACUGAUUUAAUUUGAAUCCUCUGGUCAGGGAUUUAGAAGAGGUGAAGAGAGCAAAAGGAUGGUUGUAUCCAAGGUCUGUGUGGGAUCAGUGUAGAUUUGAUUUGCUGCUAGAGGAUGGUAAGAAGUAGAAACCAAGGAAACACACUCACAGCUGAGAUGUAUAUAUGUAUAAGAGAUAUGUGAGAUGGAGUGAUGUGUGGAAGGAAAGACAGAAAAUCAUUCUGUUUUGUCAGUGACAUGCAGAGGAGAGAGGGAUGCUGACCCAUAAUCAGCUCUGCUUGGGAACUGUAUUCAUCUGUAAUGUAAUGAUUUACACCUCACUGCCUGUGGUCAGUUGAGCAGGGCGUGCACAUGUCUGCGUAAGGGCUGAGACGGAGAGAGGGGACGAAGAAGGGAGGGGUGGGAUUUUUAAAAUGCAACUGGAGGACGGAGCAGAGAGAGAGAGAGAGAGUACGAGAGGCAGCGAUAGCAGACAUAGGGGUGGGACUGAGGGAGAAUAUGUGUGUGUGUGUGUGUGCAUCCAGCCUGUUACAGUGGCGCACAGACUAAGGCAGGCUAUUAAAGCUGCAGAUUGUGAAACACUCCACACACCACACCGGCAGACAUGUGCACACACACGCACGGAAGCGUCACCUCCGACCUGCACUGCCAGCUUGAGAUGUGACGGGAAGGGAAGAGAGUUAUUUUGGGACAAAGUGGGUACUGCCUUUAAGUUAAGAUAUGAAGUUUCAACCCAGCAGACCACAGGACACUCAGUCUACAAUGUGAGCCGCUUUCGAUUGCUGGAGGAGAGAAACCGAGCUCUGAAGCUCGAGGUAGCCACGCUUCGCCAAGAGAAACAGCAGUACAGGAAACUGAAAGCAAAGCUCCAUGCUGCCCUGCAGGAGAAAAACCGCCUGAACCUUGAGCUGAUCAAUCGCCACCUGAAGGCAUCCAAGUAUGACCAGGUGCAAUCUGACUAUGACCAGCUGAGAGAGACCUUUGCUGUAGUGAGCCAGGAGAGAGACGUGGCCCAGCAGCAGAGGACCCAACUCCAAGGCAAAGUGGAGGACCUGGAACAGCUUCUAAAGCAUAUGCAUGAGGCUGUAGAGCUGAAGCAGCAACUGCAGAUAGAGCAUGAGCAAGCCUUGGUGGCCCUUCACACCAAGCAGAAGGCGAUCAAUCAACUGCAAAAGGUCAAGGUUCGUGACCUGGAGCAGAAAUGCAGGUCACAGAGUGAACACUACCACCAGCUGUCCAAAGAGCUGCUGAAUUUCCGUUUGGCAUCAGAUACCGUGGACAACUUUACGAUUAAUCCCACAUCCACAUCUCAGACCCCCCUUUCGAAGAAGCUCCCACAAGUCGUCGUCAGAUUUGAAGCACAGACAGACACAGGCGAUGAGAGCGCGGCAAACACACCGCCACUGAUCUCCCAGUUCUUGCCCUGCACACCACAGACUGGAGACAGAGAAAGACCAGAACUGCUGUCUGUCAAAUCCAGCACCGUGACAACGGACCGACCCAGCAGCCCUCGACAGCUGACCCCCUCAGAGAUGGAGGAUGAGGCCAGCCCAUCACCCAGGUCCAAGCCUCGCUACACAGGCCAGGUCCGCCUUUGCACUGCCCGUUACAGUUACAACCCUUAUGAUGGACCAAAUGAGCAUCCUGAAGCAGAACUCCCCCUUGUGGCUGGGAAGUAUCUGUACGUGUAUGGAAACAUGGACGACGAUGGAUUCUAUGAAGGGGAGCUUCUGGAUGGCCAGCGAGGACUUGUUCCUUCCAACUUCGUCGAGUUUGUCCAGGACAAGGAAAAACUAGCGAUUCAGUCCGGGGAGGGAGGGGAAGACCUGGGCCCAUUGGACCAUACACCCCUGGCCUUGACAGCAGUGGAUGGAGGUGCUUCCCAGGAUGGCCUCCUGGGCUCAGCUAACGCCUUGGUUCCCUAUAGCAAUGGGACAGGGGGGCCCCUGGACCCUGAGGACCUGGCUGAAGACGUCGUGCCUUACCCCAGAAAGAUCUCCUUGAUCAAGCAGCUGGCACGGAGCGUCAUUGUUGCAUGGGAGCCUCCGGUAGUGCCUUUGGGCUGGGGGAACAUCUCUGGCUACAAUGUGUUAGUAGACGGGGAGCUUCGUGCCAGUAUAGUGUACGGAGGCCGGACCAAGUGUUUGCUGGAGAAGCUAGACCUGGAUGGAUGCGUCCAUCGUGUGUCGGUGCAGAGCGUCACCGACCGGGGCUUGUCGGACGAACUGCGCUGCACCGUGCUGGUGGGGGCCAACGUUGUGGUGGCCCCGUGCGGCCUGCGGGUGGACGACAUCCAGCGUGACACUGCCGAGCUCUCCUGGUUGCCUAGCAACAGUAACUAUGGUCACACCGUGUUCUUGGAUGGGGCAGAGCACGCAGUGGUGAAGCCAGGAAGGUAUAGAUUACGUUUCCUCAACCUGAAGCCCCUGACGGUGUACAAAGUGACGGUGGCGGCACAGCCGCACCAGGUGCCAUGGCAACUGCCGCUGGAGCAGAGAGAGAGGAAAGAAGCCGGUGUGGAGUUCUGCACUCAGGCUGCAGGUCCAACACCAUAUUGCAGAACAGGCCCUCCCAUGCCUCCCCACGAUGUACAGGUGCUCUGUGGGCAGGGCCCAGGGGUCCUACAGGUCCACUGGAAGCCCCCCAUCCUCUCUCCUACGGGCACAUCUAAUGGGGCAAACGUCGUCGGCUACGCGGUCUGCACUAAAGGACAGAGGAUAGCUGAGGUCUUGUACCCCAUGGCAGACUAUGUUACUGUUGAGAUGACAAGGAUUCAGUGCCUGGAGGCCAAGGAAGUCAUCGUCAGGACGCUGUCAGUACAGGGAGAAUCCCAGGACUCCCAAGUCGCCGUCAUUCCAAACAACCUGCUCGUGCCUCUACCUGCGCUUCCCCUGCCACCGCCAAUGCACCCCCACGCAGGUCCCCCUCCACAUCCCCAUGCUCAACCCCACCUCCAGUCCCCCCACCUUACUCAUGCCACACCCCAACUCCCUGCUCCCCCCCAGGCACACGGACAACCGCUCCCACCUCAUCCUCCGCACCCUCAACCCCAUCCCAGACUCCCCCACCCUGGUGGACCCCAGCAACCCCAGCUUCGACCCCCACAUCCCCAACCCCAGCCCCUACACCUCCAGCCUCACCCACCACAUCGAGGUCCCAGGCCCCAGCACCAACUGCCUCUGCUUCCCCACCCCCAACACCACCCUAUACCUCAGAGACCAGUAUGUGCCAGAGACCUGGAUGCCAAAGAGCACGCGGCCCACCACGGGGGAGCCAUUCCACCUGGCCAGCCUGGCUGGGACCUCACACGCUCUUCCUCUUCCCAACCUCCUGUGCCCAUGCAAGGCCACACCCUUGAGGCCCCUCCCUGUGCCAAUCCACGCUCCCCAUCCCCUCAGAGGAUUCUCCCGCAGCCCAGAGGCACGCUUAUCCCGGACACGGUGGCCAAAGCCAUCGCCCGGGAAGCAGCGCAGAGGGUGGCAGCAGAGAGUGGCAAGGGGGACCGGAGGCAGGGCAGAUAUGAAGAGCAGGGCCAUUCAUUUCACCAGCAUCACUCUGACGAGGAAGAGGAGGACGAGGAAGGCUUUGCACGCGGCCGUCGGAGAGGACCCUCAGUCGACGAGUUCCUCAGAGGCUCUGAGCUGGGGAGGCCGCCUCACUAUAGUCACAAUGAAGAUUAUCACAGCGAAAGCAGCCGGGGCUCUGACCUGUCUGACAUCAUGGAAGAGGAUGAGGAGGAGCUGUACUCUGAGAUGCAGCUGGAAGAGGGACGCCGACGCAACUCGCACAACACACCCAAGACAAACACUCAAGCUGGAGGCCGUCAUGACCGGGAGACCGGGAGAAGAGCUCAGCAUGGCGGUUCCCAGCCUCAGAGACGAGCUCUAAUGGUCCCCUCCAUUGAUGGAUACAGAGACCGGGAUCGCCGCUCUCCCACGUACUAUGACGAGCCGGAGCCUGAGGAGUCCUUCCGGAUCUUUGUGGCCCUCUUUGACUACGAUCCUCUGUCCAUGUCCCCCAACCCGGAUGCAGCUGAUGAGGAGCUGCCCUUCAAAGAGGGGCAGAUCAUCAGGGUGUACGGUGACAAAGACACAGAUGGUUUUUACAGAGGAGAAGUGAGGGGCAGGAUGGGGCUCAUCCCCUGUAACAUGGUGUCAGAGAUACGAGCGGAGGACAAGGAGACCUUGGACCAGCUCAUCAAACAGGGCUUCCUGCCACUCAGCACCCCUGUCGACACAAUAGGACACCCGUUAUCGCUUCCAGAGCAGAACAGAAGAUGCCUCUGUCGAGAUCAGGCCUCGAGGAGGAUGGUGGCUCUGUACGACUACGACCCCCGAGAGAGCUCGCCUAAUGUUGAUGUCGAGGCUGAGCUGACCUUCUGUGCUGGUGAUAUCCUCGCUGUGUUCAGGGAAAUCGAUGAAGACGGAUUCUAUUAUGGUGAGAUAAACGGCCACCGCGGUCUGGUUCCCUCUAACUUCCUGGAAGAAGUGCCUGAUGACGUGGAGGUGUAUCUGACUGAUACACCAUCCCACUACCCCCAGGAAGAGCCUGCCAACCGGCCCCCUGCCAACUCUGCCGCCACCGUCUCAGAGGGCAAACGGGUUACCGCAGACACCGCCGACACGGUCGACAACGACACCGUACCCGUCCGAGCGCCGUCCCCGAUUGUUCGACCUCUCCUUCCAGGCACCAUGAGAUCCCUCAGCCCUACUAGUGGCCCCCACAUCCCGCUGGACCCCCGGGACCCACGGGACUCCCAAGAUCUGGCAAACAAGAAGAAGAAAGGACUACUUUCAAAGGGGAAGAAGCUGCUGAAGAGACUCUCCCCUGUGAAAUAAUAAUAAUUAAAAAAGAAAAAAGCAUACAUGUACAAUAAGUGCACAUGCUGGGCUCUGUAUAUUGCAUCCAUACAAUCAACUCUGAUCCUACAACACAUGACAGAGUGGAUGUGAGCUUUGUCUCCUGGACUACGUGAGCCUAUUUGAAUAUAACCAGUGAUAUAAUUAUUCAUGUUUGGUGAUGGAUACGAAUCAGCUAAAUGAUGUACAGUGCAGUGCCAAAAUCAAGAGAGGAGGUCACCUGCAGACACAAAAACAUAUUACUGUGAUGUAUUUUAAAUCAACAGGUAACUUAAAAA